UAUGCAGUACCAUAGGUGAAAAGGGAAGUAUAUUGAUAUUGAAUAUGUGUUUGAGCAAAUAAAAUUACAUCAAGGAAUGACACAAAACAAUUGUAUGUUAAUCUGCAAAUAUUUUUUUUUCCUUCUUUCAAACACAGCUGAUCCUGCUGCUCUGGGAUUCAUCAUUUCUCCAUGGUCUCUCCUCUUGCUUCCAUCUGGCAGUGUGUCAUUUACUGAUGACAAUGUUUCCCACCAAGACCUGCGAGCAUUCACAGCACCCGAGGUUCUGCAGAACCAGUCCCUGUCAUCUCUCUCAGAUGUUGAGAAGGUCCAUAUUUAUUCUCUUGGUAUGACGCUCUUCUGGGGAGCUGACCAUGAGGUUCCUCAAAGCCAACCUAUCAAACUUGGAGAUCAUCUCAACAGCAUCCUCCUUGGCAUGUGUGAAGAUGUCAUUUAUGCCCGAGUAUCUGUACGGACCGUUCUGGAUGCCUGCAGUGCUCACAUCAGGAACAGUAACUGUGCCCCAUCUUUUUCAUAUGUGAAGCAGUUAGUCAGACUGGUCUUGGGAAGUCUGUCUGGGAUGGAUCAACUUUCUUGCAAUGGAGAUAAAAAAUUGCAGCCAGACAGGAGUCAGGCAAUUCGGGAGAGGCUGAGGGGAAAAGGACUGCCCACAGGUAAGUGCCCUGUUUCUGUGAGGAUCAGGGCAUAGCAGCCCCAUGGAAUACGAAGUAUGCUGGGUAGGUGUUGCAGCCAGUAUAACUGAGCAGUGGAGCCAUCAGCUUUGAGCCAAGCUUUCCAGACAGGAGGAUAUGUUGUUCAGAUAACUGGUCUUAUUGGGACUUGUUGGGAGCAUUUUAUGUUGCAGCAGCUGGACCACUCUGAGUAACUGUGAUGCAGGCAAUGCAAUG